GCCCCUGCCUAACAGAUAUCACAAUCAGAAACCCCUAGUGGAUCAAGAUCGCCAUGCCAGAUGAGAGCUCCCACCCGGCGCCGAAAUGGCUCACCCGUGAAUACGUCCAAGAGAAGCUGCGCGCGUACUUUAAGGACCAGUCGCUCGACCUAGAGAAUUUGGAGGUCAAGCCAGCCAUUCCCAAUGGUGAGAACUAUGCCAGUGUGAUGACUCGAAUCAAUGUGGAGUACACCACAAAGGGUUCGAAGGGCAAGCUUUCUACCAACUUCCUGUUGAAGACUACGUUCGCCGACAAGGAUCCAGCCGCCCACGUUCUGGUUCACUAUGGCAUCUACACCCGCGAGAUGGAUAUGUACGAGAAGAUUCUGCCUCAGCUGGCGCAUAUUAUUAGGUCGGAUCUCAACGAUCCGAGAAAGCUUUUCGCCGGCACUGUCAACGUGGAUCGCGAGAGAGACUCGAUUAUCUUUGAGGAUCUGUCGCUGGAGAACUACAAGGUAGUCUGCCGUCUCAAAAAGCUGGACCUGGUGCACACUCAUCUGGCGUUAGAAAAACUGGCUAGUUUCCAUGCGGCGGCUGCUGCUCUUGCAAGUCGACAGCCGGGAAUCUUUGAAAAGGACUACGAUCGUGGUUUCUUCAAUAAAUUCGUCCGAGGCUAUCAGCCCAUAAUGAGGAAUUUGUUGCAGGCUCUAUCCCGGUCCCUGGAAUUAGAUCGCGAUCUGAAGGAGCGUUACCAGGCCAAAAUUGAUCGCCUUGUGGAGUUUGUAAUGGACUACGGGGAACGGUCGACUUCUAUAAGCCCAGGGGACUUCGUAACCCUUUGCCACGGUGAUCUUUGGACCACUAAUUUGAUGUUCCAGCACGAUGACCAGGGACAUCCAACUAACUCCAUCUUUAUCGACUUUCAGUUUAGUGUGUGGAACUCCCCAGCCAUCGAUCUUCACUACUUCUUCUCCACCUCGAUACAUGAAAACCUGCGCCUAGAGAAACAGGCCGAGUUGGUGCAAUUCUACUUCUACAAGCUGGUGGAGGCCUUGAAAAAAGUCAAGUACUCCGGUCAAGUUCCCAGUUUAUUUGAGUUCCAACAACAAUUUAGAGCCAGAGCCUUCUAUGCCGUUUUUUCCUCGCUGAUCUUCGAGCCAACUAUGGUGUAUAAUGGCAAGGAGGAGGCGUCCAUGGAACAGAUUCUGUCCACUUCGGAAAAGGGAAUUCGGUUCAAGGAUUCGGUUUAUCAGGCACCGGAGAUUCUGGAGAAAAUGAAAGAUACGCUUCCCUUCCUUGAUCAGUUGGGUUUAUUAGAUGAAAUGUGAAAUCUGUUUUCUAACUAGUUAAAAUUGAUUUGGGAUUAUAUAUAUGUGAAAUUUUAUAUUAAAUUAUAUAUGUUAUCAUUUAAAAAAUUAACGAUAUCAUUUGAUUUUACAUGUUCGGGGGUAGAGGAUUAUUUUAAUUUAAAUUUGUUUUAAAAGACACAAAAAAG